UUCCCGGGAAAUGAAUUUUUUGGAGUGAUUGCAGGAUUUCAUUCAUUUUGAGUGAUUCUUCUUGAAAACGAUACUGUCAGCCAAUGAAUAAAGACACAGACGCUUCAUAACUAUUAGUUGAAUAAAAACACCAUUACAUACAACAAAUUGACGGAAAUAGCUUGUGGUACUAAAUAUGGACAAACGAAAGAAGUAUGGCAAUGCAAACGGUACUGGGCCUCCGCAGAAGAAAAUGAGGGGGGAUGAUGACGAUGACCCGUCGACCUUUGAGGCCGAGUUGGCGAUGCUGGACGAUUAUGAGGCUGAGGUCGCGGACAAUGACUCACAGGAUGUGUUGGGUGAUGGACCCGCUUACCAGAGUACAAAUCCAAAAUGGGCUAGGCCACCAGUUCCCAAAGACUUGAAUCCCAAGAAGGAUAAGUUUGUCUUCCAGCAAGUUGAUGUCGAUUAUUAUGUCGGCCAGCCCCUCCCUGGUAUGCCGGGUUCCACUGUAGGCCCUGUCCCGAUCAUCAGAAUGUAUGGCAUUACAAUGGACGGCAACAGCAUUCUCGCCCACAUCCAUGGAUUCCCGCCAUAUUUCUUCGUGACGGCACCGUUAAACUUCAAAGCUGAGGAUUGUAAAAAAUUCAAGAAUGCACUGAAUGAUGCAUUGCUGAAAGAACGAUCGGCCAAAGAUGUCGCACAGUGUGUUCUAGCCGUUGAUAUGCACAUGAAAGAAAGUAUUUAUGGUUUCCAUUGCAACAAAAAAGUUCCAUUUCUGCGUGUGACGAUGGCUAUACCAAGGAUUGUCCCAGCUGCUAAGCGCAUUCUUGAAGGAGGCUUCAAUGUUUCCGGCUAUUCAACACAAGCUUAUUCGACUUUUGAAAGCGACAUUGCCUAUGUUGUUCGGUUCAUGGUGGACACCGAUGUAGUCGGAUGCAACUGGAUCGAGAUACCUGCUGGAUCCUACAGUCUCCGAGGAUGUUCGUCAAAUAAUAACAAGGAAAAUAGUCCGCCGUUGAGAUCGCGUUGCCAGAUCGAACUCGAUGUGUCGUGGGAGAGGUUCAUAUCGCAUCCAGCAGAGGGCGAAUGGUCCAAAGUUGCCCCGUUCAGGAUCCUUAGCUUUGAUAUUGAAUGUGCUGGUAGGAAGGGUGUCUUCCCAGAGGCCGAAGUUGACCCUGUCAUUCAGAUAGCAAACAUGGUCAUCAACCAAGGAGAGAAGACGCCCUUCAUCAGAAACGUGUUCACGCUGAAAAAAUGUGCAAAGAUUGUUGGAAGUCAAGUGAUAUCAUAUGAGAAGGAGACAGACGUUCUCCAGAAAUGGGCAGAAUUUGUUCGAGAAGUUGAUCCGGACAUCAUCACCGGUUACAACAUCGUGAAUUUCGAUUUUCCGUAUUUGAUUAAUCGCGCCAACCAUUUGAAGAUCAAGAAUUUCCCGUACCUCGGCCGAAUUAAAGAUUCGCAGUCGAAAAUCAAGGAGUCGAUGAUUCAAUCGAAGCAGAUGGGUCGGCGGGAGAAUAAGGAUAUCAACAUCGAGGGACGGGUGCAGUUUGAUUUGCUCCAGGUCCUCCUGCGAGACUACAAGUUACGGUCGUACACGCUCAACGCUGUUUCCUUCCAUUUCUUACAAGAGCAAAAAGAAGACGUCCAACAUUCCAUCAUCACAGAUCUCCAGAAUGGCAAUGAGCAGACGCGACGCCGUCUGGCGGUGUACUGCAUGAAGGAUGCCUACUUACCCCUACGUCUGCUCGACAAACUCAUGUGCAUCAUCAACUAUAUGGAGAUGGCCAGGGUGACGGGCGUGCCGCUUCCGUAUUUGCUCACCAGGGGGCAGCAGAUUAAAGUUAUAUCGCAGUUAUUGAGGAAGACGAAAGAACAGGAUUUACUUCUUCCGACUAAAAAAAUAGAAACCGGAGAGGAAUAUACUGGUGCUACCGUUAUUGAGCCGAUCAAAGGCUACUAUGAUUCGCCGAUAGCUACUCUCGAUUUCUCCUCCCUCUAUCCGUCCAUUAUGAUGGCCCACAACCUCUGUUAUACGUCACUGGUCAAUCCCCAGAUCAUUCAGAAAUUAGGGCUAACUGCUGAUCAGUACAUCAAGACACCAUCGGGGAACUACUUCGUGAAGAAAUCUGAGCGGAAGGGACUGUUGCCUGAGAUCUUGGAAAACAUUUUAGCCGCAAGGAAAAAGGCAAAAUAUGAUCUCAAGCUGGAGACCGAUCCAUUCAAGAAGGGGGUGUUGGAUGGUCGCCAGUUGGCCCUCAAGAUGAGUGCAAACUCCGUUUAUGGAUUUACGGGCGCGCAAGUUGGCAAACUGCCAUGUUUGGAAAUCUCUCAGAGCGUGACGGCGUUUGGGCGCAUGAUGAUCGAGCAGACGAGGCAGCACGUCGAGGACAGAUACACGAUCGCGAACGGAUAUAAACAUGAUGCGAAGGUUAUCUAUGGCGACACUGACUCCGUUAUGUGCAAGUUUGGGGUGGAGACGGUUGCCGAGGCGAUGGAACUCGGGAAAGAGGCAGCAAACGUCAUCUCGGAGACAUUUCCUCAUCCAAUCAAACUCGAGUUCGAAAAGGUUUAUUUUCCAUACUUGUUGAUCAACAAGAAGCGAUAUGCCGGACUCUAUUUCACCAAACCAGAGAUUCACGACAAAAUGGACUGCAAAGGCAUUGAGACUGUGCGUCGGGAUAACUGCCCCCUGGUGGCCAACCUCAUCAGCAAUUGCUUACAAAAGAUACUGAUAGAUAGGGAUCCAAUGGGAGCGGUGGACCAUGCUAAGCAGACAAUCUCCGACCUCCUCUGCAAUCGCAUCGACAUAUCACAGCUGGUCAUAACAAAGGAGUUGACCAAGACCGAAGGAGAAUAUGCAAAUAAGCAAGCGCAUCAGGAACUGGCCAAUCGGAUGAGGAAGCGAGAUCCGGGAAAUGCGCCGAAACUUGGUGAUCGAGUGCCAUACGUCAUUAUCGCUGCAGCGAAGGGUAUUGCUGCGUAUAUGAAAUCUGAGGAUCCAAUUUACGUUCUCGAGAAUAGCAUCCCGAUCGACACCCAGCAUUAUUUGACCAAUCAGAUUUCAAAACCUCUGCUCAGAAUCUUCGAUCCCAUCCUUGGCGAAAAGAAAGCUGAAUCCAUCUUGCUUCGGGGGGAUCACACAAGAACAAAAACGAUUGUCACUUCCAAGAUUGGUGGCCUUACUGCAUUCACCAAAAAGAAGAGCACGUGUAUCAGUUGCAAAGUGGUGCUAGACCAGGAUGGUGCUGCUGUCUGCAGGUACUGCAAGGAGAAAGAAUCGGAAAUCUACCAGAAGGAAAUCUCUCAGCUUCACGCACUCGAGGAGAAGUUUUCACGGCUUUGGACGCAGUGUCAGCGCUGCCAGGGGAGCUUGCAUGAGGACGUAUUAUGCACAAGUCGGGAUUGCCCGAUCUUCUACAUGAGGAAGAAGGUGCAGAAGGACCUUGCUGAUCACGACAAACUUAUCGAAAGGUUCGGAGUGCCAACUUGGUAGUACGUGGAACCUACCUAAGCAGACACCUCUCUACUAAGGAACCCUCUCUAUUAAACACACUGGAUUUGCUCCCAAAUUUAUCAUUUUCACUCAAUUUGACAGUCAAGGACAUCUCUCAAUUAAGGACAGGCUCCCAAGGUUGUCCCUAAUGAAGAGGUCCAACUGCAUCAGUGAUCAAGAGAAAUUCAUUGAAUAGUUUCGGGUGCUGACUUGGCAGUGAAAGUGAUCAGGACAUUGACUUUGCAAACUUUGUCAAAAAAACCCAUUGUGUUCAAACGAAUUUGAGAUGGAACGUAAUUUCUUAUGUGCCGCAUGAGUUGAUGCGAUGGUCUGUAAUAAUAAUGAAUACUGUUGUGUAGAGCUAUGCACUGUAAAUUAUGUAAUAAGUUUCCAGUUGACAAGUACAGUACACUUUUAGACAGUGUAGGAAAACUGAGUGAUAUUUGUGGGGGGGGGGACCAGAAAACUCAUACUUGAUAAUUUAAAUACCGAUUACGUAUUGCAGCACAAGCACAAAAUCAAGUUGGAAAUUUGAAUGUGAGAUGCCAUGGUGAACUCAACAAUUCAUGAUAGGAAUGUUCAACCUUUUCAACCUUACAACUUACAUCUGCCACUCGGAAAUUGCAAGGUUACGAAAUAAAUUGAGCCUUAAAAACUCGCAAAUGCGAUCACGGCAUACUGGACCUUAUUGGUGUUUAAAGAAAUCGUUCUGUAUUCAGAUGUGAAACUAACGAUAAUUGUAAAUGUUUACAUUUUCCUUAUUUUUUUGCCACUGUCGAGAAAAUGAUCAAGUGAGUCACUGCCUAUUUGGUUUUCACAGAAAAAACAUUAACACAAUGUUAUCUUGUCGACUAAUUGGAAUAAAUAAAAGUAAAUUUUUUGUAAUAUUUGAUACGGAAUUUAUGAAGUGAUAUAUACUUUCU